AAAUAAUCCUUGGAGUUCCUCAACAAUCAGAAUGGGUUGUGGGCUCAGUUCAGAGGCCGCCGCAGCCCUACCAGUGCCAUCCAGUCCUGACGAAGCCCUAGAGCUGGCCAUGAAGCAUGGAGACAUACAGGCGCUGGAAAAGGCUCUCGAAACCCAUGCGAAUGUAAACAAGAGAGUCAAAGACGAACGUGGCACCGAGUGUACUAUUCUGCACAUGGCUGCUCGAGUUGGCAACGGAGAGGCAAUAAAGAUGAUCCUCAAGGCUGGGGCUGACAUCCGCGCCGUAGACAGCAAUGGACAGACAGUGCUGCACUGGGCCGCUCUGCAUGAUAAAUCCGAGUCUGUUGUGGAAUUAGUGCAG